UGAGUUUUCUCAGACUCUGCCAGCGUCGCCGUCAGGCUCUCAGUCUGACUCACCCACGCGUCUCAAGAGGCCACUCUCCGUCGAUGUUCCCUCCGUUGAGUCUGGAUCUAGUGCGGAUCCGCCGUCGGCUCGGCCUUUAAGCGAGGCGCAUAUUGAGUUUCACUCUCGACUUAAUCUCUCAACCCGGACACUCCAAUGCAAUCCACCUUCGUCCUCCCGCCGGCCUCGCUGACGCCGGCCUCCAUCCGGCGCGCCAUCCCACCCCACCUGUUCUUGCGCUCGACGCUCAAGAGCAUAGCAUAUAUCGUGCGGCAUGUACUCAUCGGUGUACUCUUCUACGCUCUGGCGUCCCGGAUCCCAGUCGGAUGGAGUCUGAGUGUCAGAGUGAUGCUGUGGACGAUGUACGGCGCGUGGCAGGGGUUCGUCUUCGCAGGUAUCUGGUGUCUUGGACACGAAGCAGGUCAUGAUGCCCUGUCACCUCACCGGCUUGUGAACACCGUGCUCGGGCUCAGUCUGCACACGUUCGUGCUCACGCCGUAUUUUGCAUGGCGAGCAACGCAUCGGGCGCACCAUAAGGGCACAAAUCAUCUGGAUCGCGACGAGACGUAUCUACGUGGGUCCCCGACCAGUCCUGUUGCCCCGACGUUUGCACACCAGAUUCCAGCUCCAUACCGAGGGGACCUGGGCUUGCCCCCGGCUUCGACUGCGCGUCUAGAAGACUACACGGACGUAUUAGACGAUACCCCAGCAUACACGCUGUUCAAGCUCGUCGUGAGGCAGUUCCUCUUUACUUACUGUGCGCUCAUUCUGGCACUUCUCUCUCCGCAUCCAUCGACCGACACACGCAGCCAUAAUCGGAAAGGAAAUCGCAAAUAUCCUCCCUGGACCAGUCACUACAAUCCCAGCUCGGGACUGUUCCGCUCCUCUCAACGCCUGUCGAUCCUCGUGUCCGAUGCCGCGGUGCUCGUUAUGCUCGGUCUUCUUUGCCUUUUUGCGUGCCGGGCAGGGAUUGGUGCCCUGGUAAAACUAUACAUCCUUCCGUGGCUGUUUGCGCAUAAUUGGAUCGUCACUGUGACAUAUCUGCAGCACGCUUCGCCCGCUGUGCCGUACUACCGCUCGUCGGCAUGGACAUUCACGCGCGGGUCGCUCGCGACUGUGGAUCGUCCACUGUUCGGCUGGGUCGGCCGGUUUUUUCUGCACCAUAUCGGCUCAGACCACGUGGCACACCAUUUUUUCAGCGGGAUACCAUUCUAUAACCUCCCUGAGGUGACACGUGCGAUCCGUCCUGUUCUCGGCGAGCAUUAUCGACAUGACGAAACGCCGGCGUUGAUUGCACUGUGGACAACCUUCACACAGUGCAGAUUCGUUGAGGACGAGGGCGAUGUAUUAUUCUUCAAAAACUCCGAGGGAAGGAAUGCAGUUGAGGAGAUCAUGCAAUGAAACCAGACUAGCCGCCCCCGAGUCUAUGUAAAUAUGCGCACUUUCAGGGGUGUCAGUACCUGUUUGGGGCGCUUAGUCUCAUUUAAAAUAUUCCAACCUCUAUCCUAAAUCUCAGUGCGUUCGAUUGAAGAGGCUCCUCGGAAGCCAUGUUCCUCACUACUCGGUUUCUUAGAUGUGUAAUGAAGCUCGUAGCCAAAUGACAUGUUUCAUGCAACCUUGUU